AAGGAAAGAGAGAACACCAACCUUGCUGGACAAGUCUAAAUCCGGGAUUAUAAGUACUGUCUAGAGAGCUGUAGCCUACCUGUGAGUUGACCACUCGCAGCUAAACACAAAGAUUUGAAGAUCAAUACGUCCGGAAAAAGCAACCUAUGCAAAAAGGUAAGCUGGGCUUCAAGGUCAUGCAAAGCAUUUACCAAAAAACCAGGCUCAAGAAGAACAGCCUCAAUGUGACGCCCGUAUGUCAACGAUUCAAAGAGAGGUCAUGUCUAUUGAUCUGCUUAAUGCGAAACCCCUUUUAGAAUGUCUUCACCGCAAUUUAAAACUGUUUGUGGCAACUCCCCCUGUUAAAUAUGAAAGUAACGACGGUCACUUUGAAACUACAUUAGGUCACAACUCAGUUAAUCUCCCAUGUACACAGCGAAAGGCGGGAUGUAAAGCCUGCGGUUGAGUCAAACUUUGUACAAUUUUAUCAUAAUUAUCAUGGCUAAAUAACCAGACCGAUAAAGCAAAGCCCUUGGACAAAAAAAAUUCAAUAACAGCAAAAUGCACUUCUCUUUUCUAUGGGCAGCUCCGUUUUGGCAAAAAUGAGAAAAAUUGGCGAAUAUUCUUGAAAAUUGGAACAUUGGCUAAAUAAAAUGACUCCAAAUAGUUACGAAAGGUCAAAUUGCAAUAAAGGGACAUGUUCUUACAAUUACAGAAGAGAAUUAGAAACACGAUCAACCAUCGCCGGCAAAUUGAAGAAUUCUCCUGAAAGUUUUACGAAGGGCAAUUCAGGCUGGUAAAUAGCGUACGAGAUAUCCAAGAAUUUCCAGGUAUUUUAAGAUAAAACAAUAGGAUUUCAACAGAAGGUGUAUGUGAUUUUCAUCAAGUGAGUUACCCCUCGGAAACGUUAACUGUUUGAAGAUUAUUUUUGAGUCUCUUAAACAAGACAGAGUUUUCAGGAUUCUUUAGAAAUACUUUUUGGAAAAACCUCCUCCAGGACCGUUCGUCUUGGGGGUCUGGAGGGCGAGGUGCAAUUAUUCUACCCUUCCUACGGCAUAGUCUUCUUAAAGAACUACCGCGUCUCAACGAUGCACUGACACCUCAUUACGCUUUUGUGAGGUUAGUGGGUCAAUGGGAUAGAAGAUUAUUAUAAUAAUGUUUGUCUGUCCGAAGCAGUAUGGAUUGAGCAAUAAUCAGCCAUAUUUUAAAGACACUAAUGAAACAAAAUGACACAAGAACCAGCCGAUUUUUGAAUGAUCACACAUCUAUAUUGUGAGAAGUAGGGGUAGAAGAGUCGAGCUGCAAUGGUGAUACAAUAACUGAGUAAAGUAGAUAUGGAUUUGAGGGCAAAUCUUUUAUAUCUUGGUCACCAUCAAAUUAGAACACUCAUGAUGUACUUCAAAAGAUAAUAAUUAAAAUAUAAAAAAUGCUCUGGUAAAUUUUUCGAGCACCGUUUGGGGAAUAACCAUCAUUAAGAAACAACUCUAAAGAUUGUUUAGCACAAAUUAUGAUCACCCAGGCUCUGCGGCCAUAUCUAGAUUGUCUUUAUUUGAUGCUGAAAACCCGGCUCUUUUCGGAAGAAAACGUCAGUUUUCCUUUGACUUAAGGGAAUUUGAUUAACUUUGAUUUUCUCUAAAUUCUCUGGAGUAAAAAAUACCGAAAGUGUCUUUCAAAGCAGAUAAGAUGAGAAUUUCACAUACCGUCCUUCAAUGAGCGACCACACAGGUAUAAAAUUCAGAUCCAACACACAUUUAUUCUCACGAAAACGUUAUUUUAAAGUUAUCAGCUCACUUUGUCAAUAAAAUAAGACAGAUGCACUGGCCUCGUUUGAAUGUUUAUGACCUCGUUUUAAAUUGCCGCCUCGUAAACCAUAUCAGUGAACCUAUCGAACAUAGUUGAUUCUCUGAUAAUGCUGAAACAGCUAUAAAAAGAGUUUCAUUGCGGUUUCCAACCAACGGAAGAAGCCAAUACGUCCCAUUUUGCAAACCGUUUAUUUCAACAACCACAACCACAUCGAAAAAUAGGUAACUAAUGUUUUGACCAAGAAAAGCAAGCUAAAAUUAGCAAAUUACAAUACACGAAUUGAUAAACAAACGAUGAAUGCUGAUGAUAUAGGGUUCAAAUGAAAAAUAUUCACAAAGGUUAUUCAAGGCACUUUUUCUAACUGCUAUAGCAACGGGCUCACGACAGCUGCGCAGCAGCUAGGCCUGGGGUAUUUUAUCGUAAACCGGGCGAUAAAAUAGAAAGUAAAUAUAUAAAAUUACGCAGCUAAUGAAUUCUCUGCAUAUCUUGCUUCGAAGCUUGAACUCUCUCAGGCGCAAAUCAAUCAGCAAAAACUGAAAGAGGGGGCAACCUCGUUUUAGCAUUUCUCUGAGGUAAGCCUCGUUAGACAAGAAUGACGUAGAAAAUUUAAGAAAGACGGGUGGUAGCAACUACAGGGUUUCCUGUCAUUGUUGGUCGAUAUAAAAGGAGAGUAAUUUCAUUGAGACUGGGCAGUUACAAACGUCUAGCAAGCAGUGCUUACCAGGAGCUAAACGGCAGAGUAACAAGCAGCCACAGUAUCGUCCCUCAAAGAGGCAUUGGAGGUUGUGCCAUUAGGACCUUACAGGCUUGUGUUACAAAUUGAGAUAUCAAGACGAUCAAUACCAGGGCAAACCAGCGUGGUCUUAAAGCAGAGCUCGGAGUCGAAAUUUGUUGACGGAAAGAAGAACAGCACCUGGCGCAAGUAUGCCCCGCUCACUUCUUGCACUGAAAGACCGGUAUGAAAGAAAAAAGAUUGAAAAUGUCUCUUCAGACGACCAAGAGGAACAAGAAGUUGAUGUCGAAGGUGACUAUGGAUGUGAAUUCACAAGACAUCAGGGUUGUGCAGUUGCAAAAGAUGAAGCCAAGAUGCCAUUACAACAUAAAAAAGAGAGCACAUUUAACGGCGAAAAAGAAAACUCUUUUGGUGAAUCAUUUAGAAAAGUCAGAAUUAUUGGAAAUAAAGAGCCUGACAAUGACGAGAGAAAAUCAGAGGCUGAGAAAAAGAAAGAAAGCCCGGAAUCUGGAGGGAAUCAGAGCUCCGAAAUCUCCUUUAAAACUCCUGUCUCUGCAAUUGAACUCGGAACAUGGCCCAAGCCAGUUCGCUGUCAAAGCAGAAGAAUGACCGUUAUCAACAAGUACCAUAAUCUGCAGUCAAAGCCUUAUCGUCCAUGGGAAUGUGACAAUGGAAGAGUGGAACGACAUCCAGUCCGUCCAAGAGCAUCUCUGCCACGUAACGGGUUCUUUGCAGAGUUUGGACAUCUUGGAUUCCGAGAACACUGGCGAAGAAUGCAUCAUGGAAAAGCACCUGGCUUCGAGGCAGAGAGAAAAUGGAUGUAUGACCAUGGUUUGCCAGCUGUCGAUAAUGCUGGUUCAUUUGGAAGAAACUGGGUACUAAGUGGUGGUAUUUACUCUGGAUACCUCCCACCGUACCGAGCCGAGCUUCUUUCAUACCCACAUGAAUGCUAUUCAUGUUCUGCGCCUAGUCGACUUGGCUGCCUAGAUGCAUCAAAGAAAAGUGCAAGUAGAUCCUUUGAAAAGCAAAUAGAAAUGGCAGCUCAGAAAUUUAGACAAUCAUUCCAAAGUGUAGAACAAGCCGAAGCUCAAAGUACUGGAAUGAAACGGCCUCUAAUCCAAAAUGACCAAGCCACAAGGAAACGAGGCGUCGGCGUUUACUGGCCUGGUACAUCAAAUGAGAAAGCGGGCAUUUCACAGCUCAAGGCCCAGAGAACAGAAAGCACAUCCCCAACGUUUGAUUGUGUGACUGCUGAGAAAGCCAAGGAAGUGCAAGAGCGACCAUACAGCUGCACCAUAUGUGACAAGAGCUUCAAGCGUAGAUCCAGCCUGGCUACGCACAAGUUCAUUCAUACUGAUUUGAAGCCACAUGUGUGUGGUGUUUGCAAUAAAAGAUUUCUGCGAAAAUCAGAUCUGAAGAAACACGGCCUCAUGCAUAGUGGAAAGAAGCCCUACCAAUGCGAGAAAUGUGGGCGCAGAUUUAGCCAAUCAUCGAACAUGCUGACGCACCUCCGCAGGCACAUGGGGAUAAGACCAUUCGAGUGUGGGAUAUGCGGAAGGUCCUUCUUCAGGAAAGUCGAUUUGAAAAGGCAUGAGGGAAGACAUAUGGCAAAAAAGCUCAAGACAAAGUCUGAUGGAGAAUAAUUCAAAGAGGUACAUAUCAAACGAUGAAAUACUGUUUACAUUUCACAAAUAUAUGAUUAAAGUAAUGCAUUGAUUUGAAAUCAAUAUGAUCUAUUUAGACUAACUAGAAGGCUUACUUUGAAAAUAAGCAUAACUAACUAACUAUAUAACUGUAAUCAUACGAUAAAUCUAGCAACCGUAGAAAAACUCUACCUUAAGUUAUCCUUUAAACAAAAGCAUUCUUGUUAAUUGACAAAAUGGUUUAUCCAAAUGCUGCUAACGUUUGGUAUAAUGGAAUAAAUAAGGAUACGUUUUAAGCCCUACUUAAAUUUCGUUUUAGGAAACAUAUUUUUUUACUUUUAUGGAGCCUUUCUUCUUUCACCCUACAUAUUAAAGAUUGUUGUUUAAGCUGCAAGUUCAACAUGAAUUUAAAGAGCUUCAUAUAAUGCACAUUCAUUGGAAAUGUCCUUUUUGUAAAUAUCAGGCAAAAUAUGAUGUUUUUUCAAGAGCACAGACUUCUGAAUAAUAAUUAGUUCUAUGAAAGCAGCAUUCAAACUCUACUUCACAAGCAAUUUUUAAAACAUUGUUUAGGCAAAGCCUUGAGAUAACAUUGUCAAGCAACAUUUUGAAACAACGUUUUGAAACAACUUUUUGAGCAACGAUUUGAAACAAGUUUUAGGGACGGAUUUCAGAGGCAAGGUGUUAGACAUUGGUUGGAUUUUGGUCCCCUAGAAAAUGACAGAAACGUCCAAUUUUUCAAAGUCCAUUUUAAGCUUCACGAUAAAAAAGAUAAAAAGGUAAAAACUAAAUAUUUUGUAUCCUCUGAAUACUACUGACUACCAAAAGGUCUUUUUACCGAAUAAAAGCAAAUUUCGCCGAAUGACACAAAUAUUGAGAGAUGUCGCACCAACCACAAACGCCCCCUUCCCCUCCUCCCGAUAGGUCCGUCCCUGCAACUUUUUGUAGCAAAAUUUUUAAAACCUCUUUGUAGCAAGUUUGUUAAAUAGCUUAUUUUCAGUAACAUAUUGAAACAAUGGCAACGUUUUGAAACAACCUUUUGUAGCAACGAUUUGAAACAACUUGUUGAAACAGUUUGAAACAGGACAGUUAACAUAACUGAUUGAUAAGGCAUUUUGUCCUAAACGUAGAUAGUUUUAAAUGUGCAUUAAGAGAGUACGCAGUAAAGUUGUAUCCUUCGUAUAAGAAUAGAUGUGUUUAUAUUUUCAGCUAGUAUGAGAUUAAUAUGAUUUUGAUGAUCGACUGAUGACAAGAGUAUUUUGAUAUUUUGUAUUUUUAUAGCUAUCCGUGAUAAUUUCAGUGACAAAUUUUGUUUGAUUUCUGCUUUCAGCAUCUUUUCUGUGAACCCUUAUAUAAACUCAACGGUGUCUCCCAUUUUCCAUGUUGUUCACUUUAAGGAAGCAAAAAGGAGAUAAGUGAAAUAGCUUAACAGUACUAUGAAAAAUCCCCACAGACAAUCCAGAUAGAUCUCUCUGGCAUCAGGGAUACCAGGGACACUGAGGACACGUGAAGAGGGCUUCCCCUCUAACCCCACGAUUCUUGGGAAUGAAACAAAAUUUAUUGUUGAGCUAUCAAUGGUUCUAGACGUCUAGCAGUUACGUACAAGUACUAUGCAUGUGCUUGCGAGCUAAGAUUUCUUACUACAAAGGAGCCAGACAAAAAGUAGCUACAAAAACAUAAAGGGAAGGGGAUCAAAGCUGACAGGCCUAGAAAGAGCACAACACGUCUCAACAACAAGCUGCAAGUGAUAAUGAGUUUGUUACAUAUUAAUGCGCGACUAGAUACUUUGUUGAUAAAGACUGCAUUUGGUAAAAAUUCAAAUAUACUAGAUUGUAUAUACUUAGAAUAAUCAAAUCAUUUAUUCUAAAGCCUUCUGGGCCCCAAGAUCAAGAUUUGAUAGGUUUCAUGAAACAAGGCACUUUUUGAGUUUGCAACCAAUGUUCUCUGUUACGCGACCUUUACCAAAGUAACACUGAUAUUUAGAUAAGGUAUUACCAGUACUAUCGUCGAAUACACGAGAGAGGCAUUGUGAAUGAAGGACCAAGGUUGUCUCAUACAUUAAACCAACAGUAAACCAAAUGAUCUAUUCCUACUUUUAUAAUGAAUGUGGCUAUUUUCAUCGAAAUGUUUAGUACCUUGCUUACCGAAUAAUCAAUACUGGUACCAAGAUGAUACAAGACUUAGCAGGGAUAAUAAAACCUUUCUUUGCAUAAAAAAGAAACAAAGGCCUAUUGUCUAAUAUAUAGAAACGUCAAUUGAGACUCGAGGGGCCUUUGAAUCUUGCUUAAACACAAAAAUGGCCCUGGUUUCAGCUGCUUUCGGUAGCAGGGAGUACUGAAUUCGGCUUUAAAUUUAUGGUCAGUAAUAAUUUUACAAUGGUUUCACAAAGGGCCUGGUAACAUAGAAUUUUUCAUCCUAGGACUGGAAGUCCAACCCUCCUACCUGUGGUGAGAAAUUUCAUGAUUACUUGUACAGUAAUCAAGCGCUUAGAAACUCUGGGUUACCACUAUGCCUGUACCACGAGCAAAAAAUAAAAUUAGGGAACCAGAAAAUUAAGUUUUGUUUCCGUCAAAAAUAUAAAUGUUUCUCUGUUUUAGUCAUAGAUCAAGACCAUGGUGCUAAAUGCGAUUCGGCAAAUUGGCGGUAGACCAUAAUCAUUAAAGAGCGGUUGUUAGCAAACGAGAACGGCGUUGACUAAAGUCAGCUAAAAAGGGCCCAAAAAGAGGUA